ACCUCGGGUGAUGGUGGCCCGCAGUGGCCUUCGGCGUCGCAUCCUUCGCGUGCAUUGUAAGUCCAGAAUAUCAGGUUGCCGAUGAAGAAGAGGAGCACCAAGCCAAGAAGCCAUGCUCGAGAACCAAGCCAAGCUUUCAUCAUGGUGUGUGUGUGUGUGUGGGUGUGUGUAAAAAGUGUUUGGAGCGAAAGAGAAGAGAAAGAAAAGAAAAGGAGAGGCCAGAAAAGGAAAAAGCAGCGCGAAAGGAAAAAACGGGCUGUGCCUAUUUAUAUAAUUUCAGCGGUCGACACUGGUAACUCUCUCACUGACUUCCGAUACUUCCACCACCGCAGUGUACGGCUCCCUUUUUCUCUGGAUUUCGCCGGCAUGCUUGAUUUUUUAUAUAAUACACAGGGUUGUCUCCUCACACCAUUUAAUAGCUACUACAUACACACUUCCUUGGACCUGCGGCUUGUCUGUAUGUACUACUCCUAUCUCACGUGUGACACACUGGUUGAUCUUUCAAGCCAUGCAACGGGUUGGACCAGAACGUCGAUCGUUCUACAUACGCGUAUUUUUUCCCUAAUACCCUACUGUUUGGGUGGCGAAACGUCGCACAAACAAAUCAAGUACCACUUUAUAAUCCCACCCCGCUUCGUUUAUAUUUCUCUCAAGUCGAUCUUUUUCUUUUAGUCUUGAAGCUAAAAUAGCGCAGCCAUGACGUGUGGUUUAGCAUAAUAAUGUGGGUGCAUGCAUCUGUAAUGAAAGCUUCCCAGCAUUACCAGGAAAGAGAAAACAGGGUAUUUACUGCCAAGG